AACAUGUGUGGAGUAUUACAGAAGAGGAAAAUCCAGUCAAGACUGUUUUAUUUGUCACCUUAAUGUGUUGAUGUUCUUGAAAUUUCUAUGUAUAUACACAUACAUAUAUUUUGUGGACAGAUGUAAAAAGGAAUACUGCUUUCAUCAUUGUGUAUUUCUGUCUUUUAUAUCUCUUUUCAAAGGGAGAAUAGAUUUGUGACUUGAUAUCUAAUCCCACAAUAUGGAACUCAUGUACAAUGUCUUGUGGGGGAUUUAUGUGUCAGUCUUUCUUAUGCUAGUGCUGUUGGCCUCCUUACAUGAGCAUCUUAACCUCCGCAAGCUUUACACUGAAAUUCUGCUCAAGCUCUUUGCCUUUGGCCAAGAGCGUGUAGAGCAAAAGCGAUUCAAGGCAAGUGGUAGUGAGGUAGAUGAACCUGACUCACCUGUAGAUGAAGGAAAGAGACCUAUCCUCUCACCAGACAACCCUAAAGCUCUGGGCAUCAGGGAUGAUAUCAAGGGGUUUCAUCUUGACUAUGUCCUUGAGUACAUAACAGCAGGCAUGGUGGCUAUCAUGGAUGAUUCCCUCACCAAGUGUUUUGAGCCAGAGGAGCUGCCUGUCUGGAACCUUCUUUCACGUACCAAUGACAGAUCAUAUGAGUUUGUCUCCUUCCGGCUAACCAUGUGCUGGAUCCUUGGAUUCUUCUUUAGGUACUUUGUCCUCCUCCCACUGCGAUUGAUCAUUCUCUUGAUUGGGAUCCUGCUGCUCUGCAUCUCAAUGACCUUUGUGGGUAUCUUUCCUGAAGGCAAACUGAAACGCUGGAUGAAUGGCAAGCUGCUUGUGUUCUGCUUUGAUUUCAUUGCUGGCUCACUGUCCCUUGUGGCCACUUUCUACAAUGAAGAGAACAAGCCAAAGAAUGGGAUUGCUGUUGCCAACCAUACAUCUCCGAUUGAUUCCUUGGUUUUGGCUACCAACAACUGCUAUGAUAUGGUUGGACAGAAACAUGAAGGGACUCUAGGGAUCAUAAUGUCUGUGCUCAGCAGAGCUUCAACACACGUCUGGUUUGAACGCACAGAUGCAAAGGACAGAUCUUUUGUUAUAAGGAGGCUACAUCUUAAGUGUUCUUCAGAGAGGGGCUCUGAUUUUUUUCUUGGCCUUAUGAUGGAGAAUUAA